UUGGUGGCUGCGCUGCUAGAUGUCUAUGCUAAUAAAAAGCGCCAGAAGAGGUUUCUACGUCAUAAUUCCUCGCCCGUAUUUUGUUUAGCUCGGUGAACAGCACACUUUUGCUGUUGCUAUCAUGGUGGUGUUUCCAAGCUCACUGACGGAGGAGGAAGAAGCUUUGCAAAAGAAAUAUGCUAAAUUAAAGAAAAAGAAAAAGGCGCUGCUUGCAUUGAAGAAGCAAAGUUCAACCAACCAGACAAAUCAAAGUGGUUUGAAACGAACUUUGUCGGACCAGCCUGUUGUUGAUACGGCCACAGCAACAGAACAAGCAAAGAUGCUGAUCAAGUCAGGAGCCAUCAGUGCCAUCAAAUCAGAAAACAAAAACUCGGGCUUUAAACGCUCUCGAAUGCUGGAAAUCAAACUUAAAGAUCCUGAGAAAGGCCCGGUUCCUGCUUUCUUACCAUUCCAAAGGAGCGUCUCUACAGAUGAGGAACAACCUGAGUCUGGAAAGAGAGCCCACAGAAAAUCUCUGUAUGAGAGCUUUGUCAGCUCAAGUGACCGCUACAGAGAUGAAGAUGAUGGAGGCAGUAGUGGCAGUGGUGGCGGCGGCAGCAUGUCAUCAAGUCGGGAAAUGGAAAGAGACCGGGAGCGAGACCGUGAAAGAGAUCUGGAGAGAGAGCGUGAAAGAGACAGGGAGAGAGACCGGGAGAGGGACAGAGACAGAGGCAGGGAAAGAGAGCGGGAACGGGACCGUGAAAGAGAGAGAGACCGAAGCAGAGAGAGGGAUCGAGACCGUGAAAGGGACCGGGACCGGGAGAGGGAGAGAGAUGGACCCUUCAGACGAUCAGACUCCUACCCGGAACGUAGAGGCGUGCGAAAGGGGAACACAGUGUAUGUUUACGGCUCUGGGCUCGCUGAGGAAAGCCUGCGCUCUGCUUUCUCUCAACAUGGAAACAUCAUCGACCUCUCAAUGGACAACCCACGCAAUUGUGCAUUUAUUACAUUUGAGAAGAUGGAGUCUGCAGACCAAGCUGUGGCAGAGCUGAAUGGAAGCUUGGUGGGAGACGUUCACAUCAAAGUCAGCAUCGCCAGGAAGCAGCCCAUGCUGGAUGCUGCUACUGGCAAAUCUGUCUGGGCUUCACUAGCUGUGCAAAACAGCACAAAAGGCUCCUACAGAGACAAGAGGAACCAAGUGGUGUACAGUGAAGAUUUCUUGGGCUCAUAGCUUAUGUUUUUGUUGAAAAGGAUUGUUGGCAGCGAUCUUUAGAGAGAGAUGUCUACCAGACUGUUCUGCAUCUCAAAGUUCGUAUGGUUGUAGUUUACCAAAUCGUUGUGUGGUGCUGUGUGGCAGCUUUGCUUAUGAAACUAGAUAAAAGCUCAGUAAGCUCAAGCUCAAUAAAAAAUGAUAUCCAAA